UGACAUGAGGAGUUAGUGUCCAUACAUGUGCCUGAACAGCAUGCAUCAGCAGUACAGAUUGCAGAACGACGCUGUAGUAAAUCUUCACAUGAAUGGAGCAGGUGUGUUCACCUGUGUGAUGGAAGGAGGCUGGGCUGGAUUAGCAGCUAUAAUGCAGCUCAAUCUGCGAGACUGCUGAUGAAAGGAGAAUGUCACGGUUCAUGCCAGUAAGUUCUCGGCUUCAGGUGUUACAUAAUAUUUGGCCAUAACAGAAAAACAGUGAUAAUAAUUAGCUAUAUUCUGAGAAAACUCCAGAACUCAGUGCUUACAUUUGACCAUAUCUGAAGAGGUUAUGGAUAAAAUACUCAAAUAAUUCCCGUUCAGAAUCAUCAGCAUGUGUGUCUUCAGGACAGUCUCAGGAACAGGAAACUGCUGCCCCCUCCUGCUGAAUGCCAGUCGGCCAAUCCCUCAUCAAUGAUCUGCUUGGGUACAAGUGAUGAUAGAAUCAUCAGUUUGUUGGCAGGUGGCGUCAUAAUCGUCUCUAAGUCCGUGGUGUAUAAAAGGACUGCACUAUUUCAACUUAAUGCAACAGCAUUCAACAGCCACUCAGACCUCUUGGACACUACCAUCAUAAUCAACUACCAAGAGAAGCACCACAAGCGUUGAAACAACAGAAGCAUGAAUUUGGAGGUGGCCAAACCCGAAGGAAAGACUGGCAACAAAGCUCCCCUCAGAGCCACGGCCCCCGGCUCCCCACGCAAGUCUGCACCCAAGUUCAAACAGAGGAACACGCGGCAGUUCAAGAGCAAGCCUCCCAAAAGAGGAGUGAUUGGCUUUGGAGAGGAGAUCCCAGGAAUGGAAGGUCUUGGAACUGACAUCACUGUAAUCUGCCCGUGGGAGGCAUACAGCCAUCUAGAGCUACAUGAGCUUGCCCAGUAUGGCAUCAUCUGAUUAUCUCCGCUGUGAAGUUGUUUUAAAUAAAUGUGGCAAAUUUUGAAUUUCAGUAUUUAGUUUCAAUAAUCUGGAUCAUUAAUACUGGCUGAAAAGGUGUCUUUAUACGUCUGCAUGCUGUGAAUGCUGUUCUUUGUCUUAUAUAUUUUAUAUUGUAAACCUAAUUUCAUAACGAUCUCAAGCUGCCAUGUUCACAAAACGUGUAUCUCGAAUGUGUUCUCGUGUCAUUGCUUGAGUCUGUGGUUUUAGCUAGAACUCUGUUAGCUUGGUUUCUGCACAAUCGUCAGCACUGUCUUUAUCAUAUUUAAUCAAACUCUCGAAUAAAUGUUGACAUUUUUAACACAA